ACUUAUGCGAUAGCGACCCCGCAUCCCCUGCUCGAGACAGGGGUUUCUUAGUCCUGUCCGGCAACAGCGGCUCCGCACCUUCUCCGCGUCUCACGGUCCCGUCUUAGUCGUUCUCAACCGCCUAUUCAGGCCACCGCUGUGACCGCCCGCUUAUUAUUGACCCGCCUGUUUCCGCUCACUAAUAGCCUCCUCCUCCGAACCAUCUCUCAGUCUCGCAACUGCACCUCCAAUUCUUCGUUUAGUAGCAGCAACUCCUCCAUCCUAAGGAGGAACCCGGCAGUCUCACUGCGUAGCACCGCCCUCCCCACCUUCCAACUCACACAGCGCAGCACCAUGGCGACAGGAGCGGCGCCCAACAAGACGGAGUGGCUCGUCGUGGUCCCGGACUUCCCGGGCGCGCAGCAGAAGAGGCUUGAGGUCCGCCCGCAGCACUUCGCUGGCAUCGGCCCCUUCAAGGAGUCGGGUGUUUACCAGAUGGGCGGCGCCGUCCUGCAUGAGCCGCCGACCUCAAACGACCCAGCGACCUUCUCGUUCGCUGGCAGCACACUAGUCAUGCAGGCCUCGACCCGCGAGGAGGUCAUCGAGACUCUGCGCCAGGACAUCUACGCCAAGAGCGGUGUGUGGGAUGUUGACAAUGCUCAAAUAUGGCCGCUUCUGUGCGCCUUCCGCCACCCGAAAUGAAGGGCCGGUCAGCUGUUGAGGUGACAUGAGUGCGGAAGCCAGCUAUUAAGGACCAUCAUCAUAGGCGUUGAGGAGAAGGCAGAUACUUCAUCUA